AUGAUUCUCUUUGACUCUGGUGCUUCCCAUUCCUUUAUAUCAUAUGCAUGUGCUGCUGUGUUGGGUGUACCUGUGUGUGAUUUGGGGUUGAGACUAUUAGUGUCUACGCUCGCUUCUACUUCUGUGAUUGCUUCUAAAUUGUGUGUGGGUUGCCCGGUUGUGGUGAAUGAGAAGGAGUAUAAGGUAAACCUGAUUUGUUUACCUUUGGUGGAUAUUAACAUAAUCUUGGGAAUGGAUUGGUUGUCUACCAAUCGCAUUCUAAUAGAUUGUGCCAAUAGGCGGUUGAUCUUUCCUCAAGAAGAGAGUGAGCUGUUGAUCUCAGCUGGCCGGGCUGAGUCAUUAUUGAGAGAUGGAGCAGAGUGCUAUCUUCUGCUUGCUGUUAUGAGUGUGGAGACCGAGAGGGUCUUAGCUGAUAUCGAUGUGGUGAGGGAGUAUGCCGAGGUGUUCCCCGAUGAGGUGUCUGGGUUGCCUCCUGUUAGGGAGAUGGAGUUCAGUAUUGACUUGGUAGACUCUUACGAGCCUACGAGUCGAGUCUAUGAGUCGAGAUUACAAGAGCUCUACGAGUUUGUGUAG